ACGGUGGUAAAAAGUCGUUUAAAUUGUGGCAGGCGGCUUCAGGUAACAGAAGAAGGCAAGAAGCGGCCUUGUAUUAGCAACCGGCCACGAAGCGUAUAAAAGGGCCGGCCGCCCCUACCGCCGCACAGUUCCUGCCACUGCCUCUGCUGCUGCUAACAAGAUGGUGUCCCUUCACGUGAUGGUGGUGCUGCUGGCGGCCUGCGCGGCUCCCUCCCUGCAGCAAUUCGCGGCGCCGCCCGCCUCCUGCAGCCACUGGUGCAGGACUCCCGAGAACCAGGUGUACUGCUGCAAGGAGGGCAACGAACCCAUCCCGGAGCGCAUUGUGGUGAAGCCUGGCCGCUGCCCGCCCGUACGCCCCGUGUGCCCCCCCGUCAGGAACUUCGGCGGCCCCCCCGCCCACUGCUCCAGCGACAGUGACUGCAGCAGCUACGACAAGUGCUGCUUCGACAGGUGCCUCUCGGAGCAUGUGUGCAAGCCGCCCCACAAUAACGCUUUCGGCCACGGCAGCUUCGGCGGCAGCCAAGGAGGGUUCAACAACUUCGGCGGCAGCCAUGGAGGGCACGGCAACUUCGGCGGCAGCCAAUUCGGACGCUAAGAGGGGGACAUGAUGGAGUAACUCAUGGCCAUUUUUUUGUUUGAUUUUAAGAUAACUAAUUAUUAUUAUUAUUAUUAUUAUUAUUAUUAUUAUUAUUAUUAUUAUUAUUAUUAUUAUUAUUAUUAUUAUUAUUAUUAUUAUUAUUAUUAUUAUUAUUUUAUUUAUUAUUUUUUUAUUAUUAUAUUAUUAUUAUUUUUUCGGGUGAGGGGUUAUAGUUUUAAGACAAUUCAUGGCGGAUAUUAAAUGCCGCUCUGAGAAAUACUUCAUUUUUAUUGUAAGACCAAGCUUUUUACUUUUUGUUAUCAAUAAAAAAAACAUUCCUACAAAAAAAA